AAAUCCCCUACUUUUUCGCCUUAGACAGCGCUUAACUACCAUCUGAAAUCUGAGAUAACCGGUGCAAUUAGUGAAAGUAAGAGGCGGCAUGAAUUUUUUAUGCAACUCGUUUUUUAUCGACCAAACAACAGGCCACAGCAGAAGUCACUUGACAUUUAAAACUCCCGCCAAAGUCUGUGCUGUUAACAGUCAACGAAAAAGGUGGCAAUGUUAAUUUAUAGCAACAUCAGCUGUUUACCACAAAAAGCAGUGUGACCAGUCACCCUUGACAAGAGAUUUCGGAAACCCUGUAAUAAGGUCACUCUUUCAGUUGAACCACGAAAAGUGCUUGGAAUUUUUAAAGUUUCUGCUUGAAAUGACCGUCCAAAGUAGCAAACUGCUCCUAAAGCAGAUGCCUUGCAGCCUCGAGGAACUGGCCCAGCUAAUCCAGGAGUGCCGGCUAAUUGUACCGCGCACCCUCAACUCCUACGGCCGCAAAAGAGCGCUCCUGGAGUACGGCGAUGCACACGAGGCGGCAAAGGCGCUGGAGCAGCUGCAAGGAUUGAGUGAGCAGCUGGACAAGCCCCUCAGCAUCAGUGCCUUUGGACCGCGUGCAAAUCCGGCGGCUGGUCAGUCCAACAAGGCCACACAAACCGCCAAGGAAGCAGCAGCAGCCGGAGGCGCUGAAAAAAAGGAUCAGGAGCCGGAAAUCAACAAGUAUGUGCGAAGGCUAUAUGCCUGCAAUAAUCAUUGUGACUUUACGCAACCACCGCCGCCAUAUCUCGGCUACAGUUACCCGCCCAUUAAUCCGGAGAUCCUGGCCAGGAUUGGCCAGCAGCUGCAGGUUAACAAAAGAUUCUACAACCAGGUCUUGCACCUGAUGAAUCGUAUGAACCUGGAGCCACCUUUCCAGAAGCGUUCCUCGAGUGUUUUGCUGAUAAAGAAUCACCAGAAUGUGGCCACUCAAACGGAGGUGGUGCCCAGUGACCCCGAGAGCGAGCUGGAGAGCGAUGAUGAUCAGCAGGAGGAGGCUGGGAAAGCGAAAGCCAAGCGGAAGCGAUUACUGCCUACAGUUGCCACCGAGAAGGUUCUCAAGAGAACGCGCCACAUGCUGCAUCAGGCGGCAGCCCAGCAAGGUGGAAGUCACUCGAAUUCACAGACAGAAACCCCUAAAGCCACCUUCAAGGCAUCCAAAAUAGAACUCAAGCUGCCGGAGACACUAACACCCAUUGCAACCAAGCCGAAGAUACCUGUGACUCACUUCUCCUCCUGCCUAGAGAAGCGACUGACCGCCAACGAGCUCCAGGCCCUGCCCAUCUACAAGAACUACAAACUGGGCGAACCCAGCAACAAGCUCUACAUCAAAAACCUCGACAAAAGCGUGGAUGAGCUGCAGCUAAGGGAACUCUAUUCGAGAUUCACUGCCGCCACCAACUUGGACAUUAAAGUUAUGCAGCAGGGUCGCAUGAAGGGCCAGGCAUUUGUGACCUUCCUGAAUGAGGCCAACGCAUCGGAGGUGAUAGCCCAGGCUCUGAGCGAAACCAAUGGCCUCGUGUGGCACCUCAAACCCAUGAUUGUCUGCUACGGCAAGCAGCAAUAAGUCGGAUUUAAAGAUCAACAAGAACACCAAGCAUUGAUUAGGCAAUUGGGCCUAAUAGACACGAUAUAUGUGGACGGAGCCCGCCCAGAUCCGACCAACGAUCCCG